AUGAUGCUCUGGGUCACGCUGUGGUGGUACUUCCACGAACCCCAGCCCGACCGUCGUCUGCAGACGGACGCCUCCGCCAAUACCCCGCCUUCUGGCCAGCCCAAAGGUGACUGGCGCAUAAAUAUCAAGCGCGAAGGCUUCUUCAAGGGUCGCACGCUGCUCCAGAAGCUCGAGCGCAUGGGCCUCAUCGCCUCCGAGGACUCGUCCGUCGGCGCAGAGCCCUAUGACCCGCAAUGCUGGGCCAACAUGUUCAUCAGCCGUCGCAGCUUCUGGCAGAUCGACCCCCGGCUGUUCGUCUUCACCAUGAGCCCGCAGACCAUCCCCCCAUCAGUGUCCGGCUCUCCCUUUGUCCAGCGCGUGGCCUCGCCCUCGCGCGAGAGCUUCAAUCUCGCUCACGCAGCCGGCCAAGAGGUCGCACACUAUGUCCCCAACGAGGGCCCCUUUGCCUCCACCAGCCAUCUGCCCACAUACUUCCCCCCUCCCCCCACCCAAUACACCUUCACCAACGGCAUCCGACACCCCAUCCGCCCCAAACCGCCGCACCAAGGCGACGUCUUCUACGUCCGUUACAUCCCCAGCCCCCUAACCGCAGGGCCGUCAGACCUCGACCUACUGCACAAAUGGAUGAACGACCCCCGCGUCAACGCCUCCUGGGGUGAAGCCGGGCCCAUCGAGCACCAGGAGAAAUUCCUGCGCACGAACCUUAACAGCAGACACAGUUUCCCCGUCAUCGGCUGCUGGGACGGCAAGCCAUUCGGCUACUUCGAGCUGUACUGGGUGAAGGAAGACCGACUGGGACCGUUAAUCGGCGGAGCCGACAACUACGAUCGCGGCAUUCACCUGUUAAUCGGCGAGCAGGAGUACCGUGGCCCACACCGCGUGCAGAUCUGGUUGAGUGCACUGGUGCAUUAUUGCUUCUUGGCGGAUUCGAGAACUCAGACGGUCAUGUUGGAGCCGAGGGUGGAUAAUUUUAAUUGAUUACGUACCUUCAAGAAGCAGGCUUCUAUAAAGAAGGCGAGGUUACUUUCCCGCAUAAGCAAUCGGCUUUGAUGAAGAUUAAGCGGGAUACGUGGGAGUGUCCUGCUAUUUAG